GGUCGGGGCGGCUAACGUAGAAAUAUGCUAGUAGCAGAGAGGAUAGCUUGAUUGUAUCAUUUUUUCAUGUAAAGCUCAAGCUUUGGACGUGGGCGGUAUCAAAACAUUGAGUACGAUUCGCAUGUUAACGGACUAUUUACAAUUUAUAACAUUGACUGAAAAUUUAUCGCAUAUGAAUUGUUAUUAUAAAAUAUAAAAGUUAAGUGAAAGGCUGUAGUGAAAUAAAAUAUAUACCCCGUAUUAAAUUUCGUAUUUAUUAACUGAAGUGAUAAUUAAUUGCCGGAAUAAUGACAGCGUCCACUAUGAUUGAACUGGAAUCCUGGAUAAUCUACCAGUGUGUCCUUAAUGAAUGCCAUGUCUCCAGUACAUCGAUGGAGGGCGGCGCGUGGUGCGCCCGCGAUAUCUCGCUUCGCGCGCAGAAGAAAUUCCUGUCGCGUGUUGGCGGCGCUGCCAGCGCUCGCUCCCUCGUGCUAGACGAACACGCCUCCAAGCUUCUCGACCAGUUCCUAACGGUGCUGCGUGAACGCGUGGAGAAGCGCGAGGCAGAAAAACUGGUGAAGCACGUCAUCAAGGCGGCCGUGAAGCUGGGCGUGUUGCGGCGGCACGGGCAGUUGUCCGCUGCGGACGAGCGCGCUCUGGCCGCCUUCCGUUCGAAAUUUCACACGGUAUUGAUGGCUGUUGUGUCAUUCUGCGAGGUCGACUUCUCCUACGAUCGAGGAUUCCUUCAAGACGCUCUACGGGAGUCCCAUCAAUCGCUCAAGGCCGUCGUCGAGCGUCAUCUAUCAGACAAGUCGGUUUCAAGACUGGCUGGAGUGUUCGCGCUGGCAUCUAGAGGCGAACUCCUCGAUUCCUUGUUUGCGGGGCAAAUAGACGAUGACGUCAUCAAACUAACCAGAAUGCUCCGGAAAGAGUUGGACAGGGGACUGCUAUAA